GCUUCCUGGGCUGAGCGCUCCUGGCGUGCCGUGGCGAGCGGCGGGGACGUGCCGGAGGGGAGCCCCGCGAAGAUACUAAAACCCUUCAUCAGUGAUGAACUGCCUUCUCUGGUGUAUCCCAGCCUACCAUAAAUCAACACUGGCUUCGGGCCCAUGAUGUAUAGUCUAUAGAUGUCAUUACUGACUGAGAAGCAGAAAUUAUUUCUUCCCUGUGGAAGCUGGAAAAAUGUUCAAAAAUCAGUAUCAGGGUGGCGCAUUUGUGGAAAUAUUCAGUGCUCAAGGCAAGAACCCUGGUGCAAAGUGGAAGAUUUUUGGCAAUCCAUCAGCUAUAUGGAAAGAGUAUGAUAAGGAGGUAAAAGGCUUUGUUUUUGUACUUGAAGGAAGCAGUCAAAUUAACAAAAUGCAGCUACCAAAGGAAGCUAGACAACCUCUCGGACUGAUCCAGCAGUUUCUGACACUUCAGAUUUUUGUGCCAUUGGGACAAGACUUCUCCACUGAGUUACUGAUAACUGAUUUAGGAAAUAUUAAAAGAAGAUUAUAUUUAUCAACAGUCCACAAGGAGUUGUCUGUAACCCCUCUGCAUGCAAAAAUCCCUCUUUUUAUGAUCAAGCGCAAAAUAUGGUGCAAUAUGUGUAUUGACUUGGUAGCAUUCACCAGUGAAAUAUUCAGAGGAGCUGUCUUCCAGUCUUUGGAUGGAAUUAUUAUUUCAGCUAACUGUAAACUGAGAAAGAUCUUCACUUUAAAAAACAAGCCUCAAGAUACAGCUGAGGAAGAUGAUGUGUAUGUUGUUCCACUUGCACCUGCUGAGCCUACAGAUGUUAUUCCUCGAAACUGCCAAUUAAAUACGGAUGUGCCUCAAGUUACACAGUUGCUGAACUUGACUAAAAUUCACAAGCCAGAAAUAAAAUGCAGGAGCCAUCCCAUAACAAUGGAAGAAACAGGUCUCUUGAUUAAUAGAAGACAAAGCAGUAUACGGAGCAGUAAAACUCAGGAUGUGUCACACAUUGCUUUUGGAACAAAGAUCCUUGGACCUCCCCCAUCUUCAACCAGAAGAGUCAGUGCUAGGGUAUCUGGAGAGGUAACGAAGACUACGGGUAGGCAGACUAAUAGAUCCUGCCGACUUCAAAGCUUAGAAAAGGGAAGUGAAGUUCUACAAGAUGCUGAGGAGUCAGAACUAUCAUUCUCACCAUGCAAUGAAUCUCUAGAUCAAGGAGGCAAAAGAAAUACUCACCGGACAACUAAAAAUGUACAUCAAAAUGACCUUGUAAAUCAGACCCAGAAAACAUCUGACAGUGGAGCAGCAGAACUUCAGCUCCCUCCGCCACAAGCACUAUCAACAGACAAGAACAGUCUUAGAUUAUGUCUAAAAAGUGCUGCCAAAAGCACAGGGGAGACAACCAAUGAUGAAUGGGUGUUUCCUGAAAUUGCCAGUGAGGCUUUUCAUUUGGAUGAGAGUCCGCAGUUCACAGCUAUUCAAGAUUCAACCUGUCAUAAUAUAACCUCACCGCAGAAUGCCACUGCUGAACAUCAAGGCAAUGAAACAGGUGAUGACCAAGUGAAUCAUAAAGAAAUUUUCACAUUUUCAUCAAGACCUCAGUCAGCUUAUCAUGGGAAGUCUCCAAGUAUGUCACGAGAAGGUUGCCUUUUCCCUUUGGAUUUGAAGCAAGACAGUAACCAGGCCCAAAGGGAAACCCAAACUGAAGAUAACUUUCAAGGAACUGACAGCACUGAAGAGGGUGACAGCAGUGAAUUCAUCCAGGGUACUGAGUACCUUAAGACCAGCCACAGCAGGCAAGGAAUAUUUGAUUCAGCAGUUCUUAAAGAGAGCCCAGUAAAGAGAAUGUCCUGGAGAAAUGAAUACUGGAAGAAUAAGGGACACAGCAAACACAGCCUCAAGGAAACCAUAUUGUCAAAACCACAAUGUUCCACUAUGAAAAAAAUAGAUUCUGCUAACUCUCAGAGAAGUUUAAUGCCUACCCCUUGUCUUUCUCCAACUGGAAGUAAAUCAGAAUUCUUUAGAGUAAUUCCAAAUGCAUCUGAAAAACCUGAAAGAUCUGAAAGAGUAUUUGGUCAAUUAAAAACAUCAAUCAAUAUAAAGUCCAUGAAGAAAAUCUCAAGAGAAAAUUUGUGUAUGACAGCAGAGACUUCUGAGUAUGAUUGGAAAAACUACCAGUCAAACAGACUAAGUGCAUCUGAACUACAAAUGUUGGCUAGCAUGACAAGACAACAAAAUGAAGAUUUAGGAGAUACUGGGAUCUCACAUGGGCUGAGUGCAUCACAGAUAGAUGACUGCAAUGUUAGCAUAAGCACAAGCAGUGAUGAUACAGCAACCUGGAACUCUUCUUUCCCCCCACCUGUCAGUCAAGAGCACCACUAUCAGAAAGAAAUGAGCCCACUUUCUCAUUCCAACCCACGGGACUGGCUGAAUAUGUUCAGUCCCCCCAUCGUUCCUGCAAGCCAACAGCUAGAGGAACAAUCUUCAGCAAAUCAGAGUAUUCCAGGUGAAGAUGACUUCAAUACUGAAGAAGAUGAGGAAGUCUUGACUCUUUUGUAUGAUCCAUGUCUGAACUGUUACUUUGAUCCAGACACUGGGAAGUACUAUGAAUUGGCAUAGCCAGAUCAUGAGCAUAUUACUUUGUUUUCAGAAUAGGUUUGUGUUUUAACUGUUUAUAAAGUAUGACUGAGCUAUAUAAUUUAUCAUGUAAGUUAAAACUUGAAUUAACCAAUAGUUUUAUAAACAAAUGAAUAUAGUUUGUAAAUAAUGUGUCUUUUUUUUUAGUUUGGUAUUAAGUGGUAGUGCAGUGGAAAAUCAUAUAACAUAGAAGUUCCUUGUGGCUAAGACAUUUGUCUGUCUAAUUUAUUUCCAAUAUUCAGAGGAUCUGUAUGGGAAUAAAUUAAGUUGAAGAGCUUUUGCAGUGUUCAUCUGUAAAUGAUGGCUUGACUCAAAUCUGUUUUUUCCUUACUUGCUUACUGUGUAUUUUUAAUUGAUUCCAAGCUAUCUAUCCAUUGUACUCUUAAGACGUAAAAUGUGUUGUUUAAAGAUCUGUAUUUCAUGAGUGCUCUCUCACUUUAGUCGUCAGAAAAAGCAACAUUUUCCUCAUCUUUGAAUAAUUCUCUACUAUUACAUACUGCAGGAAUGGGAUUACAUCAAAGCUGAAUGGUGGUACACAGUGUACAGGGCAGUGCACUUCAAGGUAUGUGCAUGGGCAAUCUGUGAAUCCAAACCCCAACACGAUAAAUGUGAAAGACCUGAGUAUACCUACACUCUUAUUUUACUGAUGUAAUUUAGUAUGGGCCUGAGAAGGAGUGGUAAGAGUGAUUGCUUCAGCACUCCGAAACUUGAGCCUUACCUACAUUCACAGUAAGGCAAGAAGACAUGUAUAUGAUUCGUAUGUGAAGUUGUGCUCAGAAUAUAGUUCUCCUAUGUUUGUAUUAUUUAUUCUGUUACACAUCUUAAUAA